CCUGCCUCUGGGAGCGAAGACUGCCAGCAUGUUCUCCUGCCUCACACGGUGGGGUGUUGCUCCAGGACCUUGCUUCAGACAUACACUGGUGGAUAAAAAGCAAAACCGGCGCAGAAGAGAAACCACAGCAGCGAAACCGCAGGAGAGCUGGGCUGUGCAGCCAGGCGCAGGCAGCGAAGACGCAGGCGCAAAGGAGGGCUUUUUUAUUAAGCUGUGCUGAUGGCAUAAAUGGAACAGUUAACUGGAAGACCAAACAGGCCAACAGUUUUAUUAUCAGCAGAAAAAUGACUGCUGGGAAGAAAGAUGUGUACACUAUUUUCUCCAAGGUGCACUCUGAUCGGAAUGUCUACCCAUCUGCAGGUGUCCUCUUUGUUCAUGUUUUGGAAAGAGAGUAUUUUAAGGGGGAAUUUCCACCUUACCCAAAACCUGGGGAGAUUAGUAAUGAUCCCAUAACAUUUAACACAAAUUUAAUGGGUUACCCAGACCGGCCUGGAUGGCUUCGAUAUAUCCAAAGGACACCAUACAGUGAUGGAGUCCUAUAUGGGUCUCCAACAGCUGAAAAUGUGGGGAAACCAACAGUCAUUGAGAUAACUGCCUACAAUAGGCGUACCUUUGAGACUGCAAGGCAUAAUUUGAUAAUUAAUAUAAUGUCAGCAGAAGACUUCCCGUUACCAUAUCAAGCAGAAUUCUUCAUUAAAAAUAUGAACGUAGAAGAAAUGUUGGCCAGCGAGGUUCUCGGAGACUUUCUUGGGGCCGUGAAAAAUGUGUGGCAGCCAGAGCGUCUGAACGCCAUAAACAUCACAUCAGCUCUAGACAGGGGCGGCAGGGUUCCGCUUCCCAUCAAUGACAUGAAGGAGGGCGUUUAUGUCAUGGUUGGUGCCGACGUCCCAUUUUCUUCUUGUUUACGAGAAGUUGAAAAUCCGCAGAAUCAAUUGAGAUGCAGUCAAGAAAUGGAGCCUGUAAUAACAUGUGAUAAAAAAUUUCGUACUCAAUUUCACAUCGACUGGUGCAAAAUUUCGUUGGUUGAUAAAACAAAGCAAGUGUCCACCUAUCAGGAAGUGAUUCGUGGAGAAGGGAUUUUACCUGAUGGUGGAGAAUACAAACCCCCUUCCGAUUCUUUGAAAAGCAGAGACUAUUACACGGAUUUCCUAAUUACACUGGCUGUGCCCUCGGCAGUAGCAUUGGUCCUUUUUCUAAUACUUGCUUAUAUCAUGUGCUGCCGACGGGAAGGAGUGGAAAAGAGAAACAUGCAAACACCAGACAUCCAACUGGUCCAUCAUAGUGCUAUUCAGAAAUCUACCAAAGAACUUCGUGACAUGUCCAAGAAUAGAGAGAUAGCAUGGCCCCUGUCAACACUUCCUGUGUUUCACCCUGUGACUGGGGAAAUCAUACCUCCUCUACACGCAGACAGUUAUGAGAGCACUAAUAUGCCGUUGAUGCAAACACAGCAGAACUUGCCACAUCAGACUCAGAUACCCCAACAGCAGACUACAGGUAAAUGGUAUCCCUGAAGAAAGAAAACUAACUGAAGCAAUGAAUUUGUAAUCAGACAAUAUAGCACUUAUAUCUUAUUUUUUCUCUCUUCCAAUAAUGCAUGAGCUUUUCUGACAUAUGGUAUGCAUGCUGACAGUGUCAAGUAUAUACCAAAUAAUACAAUAUAACAUUCAUUUUACUAAUGUAUUUUUUUUGGUACUUAAGGCAUUUUUGACAAUUUGUAAAACAUU